AUGGGUUAUGGAGGAAAAAACCGAGCGAGAAAAAAAAAUAAAAAUAAAAAAAACCAAUCAAACCAAAAAUCAAGAAACAUAAAUCUAAAACGGGUGAGAGAAACGAAAGAGCGAGGAAAAAAACGAGUGAGGAGAAACGCGGAGGAGUUCUCAAAGAAAGCACAGAGGACUACAAAAAGAAUUUUAAUUUGCGUCGUCAUCUCUCCUGCGAUUGAAUGGAACGGCGGCGAAGGGGACGAUGGCGAGAUCUGCACGGCGGGGGAGGAGGACGAUACGUUUGAUAUACCUCCCAAGAACGCGCCCGUUGAGAGCCUCAGGCGGUGGAGGCAAGCAGCACUUGUGCUCAAUGCUUCUCGCCGAUUUAGAUAUACACUGGACUUAAAAAGGGAGGAAGAAAAAGAGACACUGAGGAGGAAGAUUCGAGCACAUGCUCAAGUUAUUCGGGCAGCACUGCUUUUCAAGGAGGCAGGGGAAAAUGGGGAAAGAGAUAAACCUGGUCUUAUUGGAAGAACAUCUGCUGGUCCUACUGAUGAUUUUCCAGUUGGGGUUGAACAUCUCACAACACUAACAAGAGAUCAUGAUUUUACUUCUUUACAAGAAUAUGGAGGGGUCAAAGGGCUUGCAAACUUUUUGAAGACUGACACUGAUAGGGGAAUUAGUGGAGAUGACGCAGACCUAUUAAAUAGGAAAAAAGCAUUUGGAGCUAACACAUAUCCUCAGAAUAAAGGAAGAUCAUUUUUGGUUUUCUUAUGGGAAGCUUGCCAAGAUCUAACCCUUGUCAUCCUAAUUGGUGCUGCUAUUAUAUCUUUGAUAUUGGGCAUAAAGACUGAGGGUUUGAAAGAGGGAUGGUAUGAUGGUGGCAGCAUUGCUUUUGCUGUUUUUAUUGUGAUCACGGUUACAGCUGUCAGUGAUUAUAAACAAUCACUUCAAUUUCAAAACCUGAAUGAGGAGAAGCGUAAUAUAAAAGUGGAGGUGGUCAGAGGUGGUAAAAGGAUACAAGUUUCUAUAUUUGAUAUUGUAGUUGGUGAUGUUGUUCCUCUAAAAAUUGGCGAUCAGGUACGAGAACAGAAAAGUCUUAUUUCAGGCCAUUCCAUUUCUGUUGAUGAAUCCAGCAUGACUGGAGAAAGCAAGCAUGUUCACAAGGAUGAAAAGGCACCAUUUUUUAUAUCUGGAUGCAAGUUAGUUGACGGUUACGGUAUCAUGUUGGUUACUGCUGUUGGAGUUAACACCGAGUGGGGUUUAUUAAUGGCCAACCUAUCAGAGGACAAUGGCGGAGAAACUCCCUUACAGGUUCGCCUGAAUGGAGUUGCCACUUUAAUUGGCACAGUAGGGCUCACAGUUGCUGCUGUUGUUCUUCUUGUUCUCUAUGUCAGGUACUUUACUGGGAAUACAACAAAUCCUGAUGGAAGUGUUCAAUUUAAAAAGGGAGUGACAAGUUUAAAGGCUGCAUUAAAUGGAGCCGUUAAGAUGCUGACAAUUGCAGUGACCAUUGUGGUUGUUGCUGUUCCGGAAGGGCUUCCAUUAGCUGUAACCUUGACACUUGCAUACUCAAUGCGAAAGAUGAUGCAAGACAAAGCUCUGGUGCGAAGGCUCUCUUCCUGUGAAACAAUGGGCUCAGCAACAACAAUCUGCAGUGAUAAGACAGGAACUCUCACUAUGAAUCAAAUGUCGGUUGUGUCCGCUUAUGUUGGUGGAAUGAAGAUAGAUCGUCCAGAACAGUUGUCUCCUGCUGCAUCAUCUCUAUUAGUUGAAGGCAUUGCACACAAUACUACUGGGGACAUCUUUGAGCCUCAGGAUGGUGGAGCUAUCGAGGUAACUGGCUCACCUACUGAAAAGGCUAUUCUCUCUUGGGGGGUGAAGAUGGGAAUGAAAUUUACUGAUGUCAGAUCAAAAGCUUCUGUGCUUUCUCUCAUCCCCUUCAACUCUGACAAAAAGCGCGGUGGUGUUGCAAUACAAUCGGUGGACGGAAAGACUCAUAUCCACUGGAAAGGGGCUGCUGAGUUGGUCCUGGCAUUAUGUACAUUCUGGCUUGACACUGAUGGCUUGGUUCAAGAAAUGACCGCUGACAAGAUUAACUACUUUAAGAAGUCAAUUAAAGAUAUGGCAGAAGCUAGCCUACGCUGUGUUGCAUUUGCAUACAGGUUAUACGACCUGGGAGAGGUUCCUGAUGUUGGAAGUAGAGAUAGCUGGAAUCUGCCGGAGGAUGAACUGAUUCUGCUUGGUAUAGUGGGCAUAAAGGAUCCUUGCCGUCCGGGAGUAAAAGAGGCAGUGGAACUAUGCACCAAUGCGGGUGUUAAGGUGCGGAUGGUGACUGGCGACAAUAUUCAAACAGCCAAAGCCAUAGCCUUGGAGUGUGGGAUACUUGAACCAAAUGUUGUUGCCACUGAGCCAACUCUUAUAGAAGGAAGGGCAUUCCGUGCUUUGUCCGAAGCAGAAAGGGAUUCAAUUGCAGAGAAAAUAUCUGUGAUGGGAAGAUCUUCCCCGAAUGACAAACUUCUACUUGUGCAAUCGUUGAGGAGAAAAGGUCAUGUGGUUGCAGUUACCGGUGAUGGCACUAAUGAUGCUCCCGCCUUACAUGAGGCUGACAUAGGUCUUGCAAUGGGAAUAGCGGGAACAGAAGUUGCAAAAGAAAGCUCAGAUAUCAUUAUACUGGAUGACAAUUUUGCAUCAAUAGUCAAGGUAGUCCGUUGGGGCCGUUCUGUGUAUGCAAAUAUUCAAAAAUUUAUCCAGUUUCAGCUUACAGUGAACGUUGCAGCACUUGUGAUAAAUGUUGUAGCUGCCAUUUCAUCUGGUGAUGUACCUUUAAAUGCUGUCCAGCUUCUGUGGAUUAACCUCAUCAUGGAUUCCCUUGGAGCUCUUGCGUUGGCAACCGAGCCACCAACUGACAAGCUUAUGAAAAGACCCCCAGUUGGACGGAGGGAGCCUCUCGUUACCAAUAUCAUGUGGAGAAAUUUAUUUGUACAGGCUCUUUUUCAAGUGGCUGUGCUCCUUAGUCUCGAUUUCUGUGGCAAAAGUGUGCUACAUUUGAAUCGUGAAACUGCAGAGCAUGCAGAGAAAGUGAAAAACACUUUCAUUUUUAAUACUUUCGUCUUCUGUCAGGUAUUCAAUGAGUUUAAUGCUCGGAAACCAGAUGAAAUGAAUGUUUUUAAAGGAAUCACAAGAAACCACCUUUUCAUGGGGAUAAUUGGAAUCACUAUUCUGCUUCAGGUAUUGAUUAUUGAGUUUCUUGGGAAGUUUACUUCAACAGUCAGGCUUAACUGGAAAUUGUGGCUAGUUUCCCUUGCCAUUGGUUUUGUAAGCUGGCCUCUAGCUGUUAUUGGGAAGCUCAUUCCUGUGCCUCAGACUCAAUUUAAGGACUAUUUCCGGUUCUGUUCUUGCCUUCGAUGCAAAGCUAAAAGGAACCAUGUGUAGGAAGACUACGGGAGUUGACGACGUAUAUAAGUUCUAACCAAAGGAAACUCUGCUAACCAUUACAAGUGUAUCAUAACCUUGUCUAUAUGAGAUGAUACGAGCACCCC